UUUAUUAAGUUCCAUGUGUUACAAAUGAAAUCAACUGACCGAGCCGGAUUAACCUGAUAAGCUUAAAAUCUUAUUCUUAGAAGCAAGGCAGGUGAUGCAUUUAAUCCAAAGGCUCUGUGUCGCGAAGCUGGUGAACAAGGGGUUGGGAACUUUCAGCACAUCAAAAUAAAGAUAGAGACCCCUGAAUCAGCCUGGUCACUGGAAUGGUUUUAUUAUAUGUUUUAAAGAAGGACCGAAGUCUCGAAGAUCUGUCAAAUUCCAAACUUUCAGCGGCCGUGAAUGAUGAUUGAAGUCAAACCAAGCAAGAGCAUCUGGAGGUGACAGGACGAGCUGCUGCAUAGUGCUGACAUUUCUGUGCCGAUCGGUAUGAGGUUGUCGCUUUGAAAGCAGCAAUGGGGUGUGCGCCGUCUCACAGUGAAAUAAUCCAACACCUCGCAAAAAACACCUUGAGGCCUCUGAAGAAAUCCACAGCGCAAGGAUCGGCAGAUAGGACACACACUGAGACCCAAACCCACUCGGUCAGUGGAGGGUCAGGCAACUCUGACAGCGACUCCUUUGAGAAUGGUCAGGAAAAUGCCAUCCAGCUGAGAGGUGAAGAGGACCAGCAUAACACAGAAAGGAGCUAUUGCCAGAAGCUGCCUGACUUGGCAGUGCCUGCUCGAACACCCAAACUUUACAAUGAAGAAACAAAGAGAGAAGAAUUGGCAGCUGGUACCAAGGUGGCUGUGUCAGAGGUUACAGUUUCGCAGAAGUAUGUACCUUGGGAAUUUGCUGAACAGAAACAGCACCCACAAAGCGAUAGCAACUCAGCUCAGCAACCCAGGAGAAGCAGGAAACAAAAAUGUCGUCAGACCCCCACGCAGGUCAGGAGAACCAAACAGAGGGAAAAGAGUCGUUCUCGAUCAGUGGACGAAGAGAAAGUAGAUUUUCCCACCUCCAUGGUUAAUGCCCACCAAGCCGUGUAUGCUUACCUUAACCCCAGCCUUUCCAAAUACGAUGCAGUUUUGCGUUUAAUUGAGCAAGCCGCACAGACUCAACUAAUCCUCCAGCAGAUGGUGAGCUUCUUGACACUGCGCUUCGAGGAGGUAAACUGCAUCCUACAGGAAAUAGCUGGUGAAGGUGAGAGGCUAGUGAAGGAUGUUGGAGCACAGCUUGCGUGGCCUGCUGGAAUAGGAGCCCCACAAGAACAACCCGAUCUCCUGCAACAACUGCUGUUGUACACUGUCAACAAGAUGCAGGCAACCAAUGGGACAGUGACCUCCCUGACGACCUCAGCCCUGCAGGAAGCAUGCACAUACCUGCAUUCAGCCAAGGACACUUUACAGAACAAAUUAAUGGUAAAACAGGGAGUGGAUGAGCGGCUGCAAAAAAUGAUAGUUCAAUUGGAGGCCUGCGCACGGCAACAACCUCACAGCAAACCCAGGGACCAAGCCCUUCAUUCAGAGGAUAGUGGCAUUGGAGGAGAGACUGAUUCCAUGAAAGAAUACUGGAACCCUGAGAAAUGUGGACGGUGUACAAGUUCAGAUUCCAAUGCACAUCUCUUAAGCAGAGAUUCUCAUCCGCACCCUUCACGUAUACAAGAAACCCUUUCUCACAUAACAGUCUGUACUUCAAAAUCAUAUGAUACUGCUGUUGAUCAUCAAUUAAAAGGCACCUUUUACUCGACUCAUGAGGAGAAAGUAUCAUCCUCUGCGUCAGUCAGUACAUCUCAAUAUGCACAAAUCCAGAAUAGAUCAUUCAGCUCUUUUGAGUCACUAAUGAGCACUGAUUGUGAGGCCUUUAUUCGGACAGAGUCAAUGGAUUUCUGCUCCCUGGGUGAAGAUGAAGAAGAAGAAACUAUUUCAGACAUAAUUGUCAAUGGGACACCCCAGCGGCCCUGGUCAUCCCCUCCAGAAAGUGAAGCUGUGUGGUCUAUUCCAAAAAGGAUGGACAUUCCAGAGAAUGAAGAAAUGACCAUUAAGAUGAAAGAUGCCAUUAGUGGCAAAAUCCAGUUCGUCCCAAUCAACCCGGGGUCAAACGCUUGGUCAGAUGAAGAGGGCAAAUUGCGUCCAGUCAGACCAAGUACUGCCAAGGGUGGCAAAACUCGUGUUGUCAAAAAGCGGCGAUCAAAGUCCGCUGAGUCACUAAAAAGCAAGGCAGAGGACCCAACCCUGCUGGAGCUUCAGAGAACCCAAAAGGAUCUGAGCAGGCGGCUGGAGAAGAUGCUGCAGCCCAAAAGUGAAAACAGCAAGGGAGGCUUUGAACAGAGGAAGAUGCUAGCAAUGCCAAAGCUGCCAACCAGUCUGCCUGGCACAGGCCAGACAGUGCCUAGCAACAAGCUGAAAGCCUCCCUCCACAGCAACUUUAGUAUUCUGCCCAGUCAAGAGAAAAUGCACCUCAGGAAAAUCCCUGCUGGGUCAUGCUACCAGACCCAGACCCAAAACCAAAUUGAUACUCAAAUCCAGGCGCUGCAGACACAGAAUCAGAACCACACCCAGGCCCAGACCCAAGACCAAAUCCAGAACCAUGCCCACAUGCAGUCUGAGGACCAAGCUCAGGAUCAGAGCCAGGAGUCCCAGACCCAGACCCAGACUGGGGCUCAGGUUCUUGCUGAAGAAAAGCAAGUGAUGUCCUGUCCUACUGCCAUUCGCAAGCAGCGGACAGGGGUGCAGGGACUGAUCACCACAUUCAGCCAGAGAAGUGCUGGCCUAACAACCAGAGAUGCCCCUCUCCCUCCCCCGACUCUCGACCUGGAAACACGCAGUCGGGUGGCCGGGUUGGGACCAGCCCCGGCCCCAGCAGGAACCAGUGGGAGAGGUCCCGUCACCAGCAGUUCCCACAAGCUGCAGGCUGGCGACCAACCCUGGCCACAAUACAAAAUCAUUAACCUCCGCUACGCUGGGGCCUUUUGCAGCCCUCAGGAAAAUGGAACGACCGAGCGCCCUCCCAAGGCCAGCAGACCAGGGCCCUCGACCGAGAGAGAGGCCGAGGCCAAUUCAUCCAUCGAUGAAGCAGCGGCUCCAGCCAAACUCUCCCAACACUUCUCCACCUUCCAAUCCUGUCGAGCCGAAGCGGGAAGCCCAGCUCCCAGUCCUUCACCCCCCGACUCGAAGAAGGCCUUCCUCACCACCACCCUGCCAUCCCGAAAUCUCUACCUACCGGUGGGUUACACCACACCCUCUGCUUCCAGAAAGAGAUGGCCAAAUAUGAUCUGGGGCUCCGAACAGCCGAACCUACCCGCCACUCAGGACGAACUGAGCUCCCCGGUUAGCCCUCCUCCAGUGUCCGUUAAACCGCCCGGCCUCGCAACAGGCAUUCUCCCAUCCAGCCUCACGACGGGCACUCUCCCGCCCAGACACCCGGUCCAUCAUCAACUGCCGAGUCCCCCGGUCCAUCGUCAAACUCCGAAUCCCCCGGUCCAUCGCCAACUGCCCAGUCCCCCGGUCCAUCGUCAAACUCCGAGUCCCCCGGUCCAUCGCCAACCGCCCAGUCCCCCGGUCCAUCGCCAACCGCCGAGUCCCCCGGUCCAUCGUCAAACUCCGAGUCCCCCGGUCCAUCACCAACCGCCCAGUCCCCCGGUCCAUCGUCAACUGCCCAGUCCCCCGGUCCAUCGCCAACCGCCGAGUCCUCUGGUCCAUCGCCAACUGCCCAGUCCCCCGGUCCAUUGUCAACCGCCCGAGUCCUCGGUCCAUCGUCAACCACCCAGUCCCCCGGUCCAUCGUCAACUGCCCAGUCCCCCGGUCCAUCGUCAAAUCCCAAGUCCCCCAGUCCAUCGCCAACUGCCCAGUCCCCCGACAGCGAUCAACAGCGUUCCUCUGCAAAAAAGACCCCUUGACCGCACCGAGAAACCUGGAUCCAACGCCUCAUCCAUCUUCUGCCCGCUCUCCGACUCUAUUUUUGAAUCCCAGCCGCCUUCUCCACUAGUGGACAGAGUGAAUACAGCAGCUCAACUGCAAAGCAUCAUUUCGGGGGACAUCAGCCCACUCACAUCUAGAGUUGCAUGGAAGAACAACUUCACAGUCAGGCAACCGAGCGACAGGCCGAGAAGGUUGACCUUGAGUGGUGUCCACCCACAACCUUUUGUCAAGAAGAAUCACCUUCUUGACUUUAAAUCUGGUAUUCAGAACCGACUCUCUGCAACUAGUUCAGCUACAAGUGAACCCACUCUACACAGCAUUGGUUUAGAUGGGAACUUUGAGAAAGAUGAUGAUCCAAGGACAAGGCAUUGUGUGUCAGAGAUGAGAGGGGCUAGCCGUUCGAUCUCCCACCCAGAACUGUGUAUCGUUGGCCAGGGGCUUCAAUGAGCCUUCCAGACAUAACAAUGUGCGAUUUCCAAUACUCCCUGUCCAGGAUGACCUCAGAUUAUCUGGUUUUAUAGUAGCGUGACAAAAUAAUCCUAUCUGGCAUGUACUUAGGGAAGUUGACCUAUUUAAAAUAAUAUGCACAACAUAUGGGAAAAGUGUGUACAUGUUUUAUCUUCUCAAGUGGGACUGGAUGACUGUGAAAUUUUGUGAAAUUCUUCAUUCACCUGUAUGAGAACUUCCUUGGAAUAGAAUUGAAAUGAAACAAAUGGAAUGAAAAUCAUCUGCUGGAGAUUGAAGAGACUUUUAUUAGUCCCACUCGAGCUCAACAAUCUUCAGCAUUGGUACAAAGAAAUAAAAAAUUAUGAGGAUUAAUUUAAGUAUAAGUAAACAUUUGUCGUAGAAUUUCCCUGAAAAUUGAACAAAUUGGGAACCUUUAGUUUGUGAAGGAUCCCAAAAUGCGAAACCUUACCAGUGAGAAUGAGUCAUCCACUGACUGUUUCUUACAGACACAAAGUCCUGGAAAAACAAUCUGGUGACAAGUUUCAUGAUCCACUGUUCUUUCCAAUGACCCAAACAAUUUUCUUGUCAGCCUCUUGUAUUGUCUGUAAUGAAACAAUGAAGGAGUACAAUUGGUACGAUUGGAGAGCUGGACAGAUAGGUUGAGCCCUCCAACCUUUUUGAUGCAGAGCAUUUAAAGAUUUCCUCAUUAUUAGCCAAUUUCAUUAAGGAUCACAGAUUUUCCUUGCUUUUUCCCAUUCUCUGUGACAAACGUCCUUGGUUUCCAUGUGGUUGUCAAGCCUUCAUUUGGAAUUGAAAUGAAGCAUUGAUGAAUGUAGAAACAAAAACCCUAUUGAAUAAUCAAUAUCUUAUCACAGUAAACUCAAGCUUUUUCCUUGGCGUUUAAGAGUGCUGGUUUAAUUAGCUCUAAUUUGGCAGAAUGAUUUGAUAAAUCUGUUUGAUUCCUCUAUCAAAAUCUGCUUUCAACAGAGAGCAUACAAAAUCUGUAGGAAGUGGGGGUGUGAGGUGGGGAGGGGAUGGGGACUAGAACAAGUUAACUGGUAUCACCUACAGAAUCAGCAUAAGUGAAGGCCAAGAGCCACCAUACAGGAUACCACCAUGGGUAUAGAGUGUAAAGGCAAAAAUAUGUUGCAGUGAAAAAUUUAAAUGAAUAUUUAACCUGUCUCUAUUUUGCAUUAUGUCCUUUAAGAAAACAAAAUCUCCAUCCUGUUAAAUACAUACUGGAGAAGGAAGAAUAUUUAGGACUGUUGGAGAAGAGUAGUGAAUGGGACUAAGAUCUGACAAUAGGAACAAUGGCUAAAGAUAAAUGAAAUCACACAAUGCAGCAGGCUAUGAUUUUUCCUUUCUCAUAAAAUAAAAUCAAGAAUUUUGUGAAUGAUUGAGUCAAACAGAAGUUGCCUCUCUCUCUGCCCCAGAACAAACUGUGACCUCCAGAAUAGGCAAUUGAUUAAAACUGGGAUCUGAUUCACCUCAGCCAAAAUCAUAUUUGUCCACUACAACACAUAUAGUUGCAGAAUUAGGUGCGAGCAUUUGAAAGAUCAACAAUCUGCCCAAAUAAUGGUUAAUUAAUGAAAGAGUGUCUGGCAUAGAAACCCAAGUGCAGGAAAUUAUAGAAGAGCCUUUCCUGCUCUUACUUGAAAAACCACCCACAAAUAAGAUUAUACAAAAUAGUAAGCAUUUCAGGUAAUUUCUUGUCAUCAAAUUUGGAUUAAACUCCAGUAGAAAGGCUUGCUUGACUUUCAUGAGUUGUCUGGAAAACCAUAAGACAUAGGAACAGAAGUGGGUCACUCAAACCAUCAAGUCUGCUCUGCAAUUCAAUGAAAUCACAGCUAAUUUGAUAGUCCUGAACUCCACUUUCCUACCUAACCCUCAAUUCCCUUACUAGUUAACAAUCUGAUAAAGAUUUCCACAUAUUCACUACCCUCAGAUAAGAAACUCAGUCUUAAACGGGAAGCCCUUUGUACUGAGAUUAUGCCUUCCAGUCUUAGACUCUCCCACAUCUCUCCUGAAUGGUUUUGUGAGAAUCUUGUAUGUUUCAAUAAGGUCACCUGUCAUUCUUCUAUAUUAGAAACAAGGCCCAUUAUUGCCGAUAAUAUGUAACAUUUGAAAACUAAGAAUUAAUGGGUACAAAUUUUAAGGUGCUAAAGUGUUACAUACCUCAUUGAAAUGGCCCUUAACUACUAACUACACAUCAAGUGUUUUAGAGUCUCCAGAUGAAAUGUAAAAAUAUAGUUUAGCAUUUAAAAGUAGGAUGUUUUCAAAACAGAUAAUAUUGUGUUAUUUAAUACCAACACAUGAAACACUGUACUGUGCAAUAUUUAUUUUAAAAGGAAAAUAUAGAUUGUUCUCCACAGACAAAAAUCAUUUGUAGCUGCUUGCUGGCUUUCUCGAGUGCUAAUGCAACAUAUGUUUGGUUAAUGUAACUUUGUGCAAUUGUAUAAACCAGGUGAUAUAUGAAAAAUGUAAAAUUAUCUAUUCACUAUUUAUUGAGGUCGACUCAGCAGAAGUUCUGCUUGUGUUAUUUUAAUUGGUUUAAGGAAUGAGUUAAACAAAUAAUUCAAAUAUCAAACAGUAGAAAUUUCAUCCAGACCUUGUUAAACAACAUCUACACAGAAGUAUCCCAACACUGUUACCUUUGUAAAUUCACUCACAAUUUACGUAGUUUUAUCAGGGUCCUUGGACCAAAAAUAGGCAUUAGUUUAAAAUUGGAUGGAACGUUGAGUAUUGUCAGUGACUUAUCCUGAGUUCCAUGAAAUACGGGCAUGACCUUUUGUAUUUGCUGAUCAAGAGGGUUGUAAACUAAGGAGUAUAAUGGUCAGAUUGUAAGAACACAUGUAGGGAAUAAAUGAUAAAUUGGGCUACUAGGUUUCUUACAUCACAUGACAGCAUUUUAAAAACACUGACUCAGGGUUCAUGUGGCACAGUGAGAAUGUCAUUUCCUCUAGCCUAGAAGCCCCACCUGCUCAGAAGUGUUGUAACACAUCUGAACAGAUUGACUAGAAAUAUCCAAACCACACUGGUUGCCUCAUGAGACCUCAUGAGAUUGUGAUUGGAGUGAUAUAAAUUGCAUGCACACAGCCCACAGGUGAUGAUGAGACAGAAUUACAUUUCAGACAUACAGAAAUACUUUUAAGCAAUAAGAAAACAAGCCAUUUGGCCUCAACCUGGAAACAGUUCUUCAUUAAUUUACCUUUUUCUCAUUUACCUUCAUCCUCUACAUUUAUAAUCUCAUAUCCAAUGCAGGAAAAGGUUUUUGCCUCAAACCAUGAACAUGGAAGUUAAAUCCAUAACCCUACAAUUCUUCUGCCUUCAGUCAUAUAUUUACUCUUAGAACUUAAGGUUCAUUUCAAAUCAGGAACUCCUGGAAACUGUCAACUUCUAUGCUCCAUGUCCGAUAAUUUGAUAUUUUUAACCAUUCUUUCAUGUUAAUCAUUACAUUGUUUGUUUAACCAGAAGAACAAAAUAAAAUAUUUAAAAGGUACACCUCAAUCAUAAUCAUUUAUUUACAAUAACAUAAGAUAGUAGUGCACAAAUGACAAUUUUAGUCUGCAAAGUUACAAGUUGCUAUUAGUUACAGCUUUUUCUAUAAAGC